UGCUGCCAAGUUACUGCCUUGCUGGAACUUUGGCGCGAAGAUCGAUUCCAGUCUCAAAUUUAGGGUUUCGCUGAGAUUAAAAACCCAGAAUCAUUUCAAAGCUUUCAUCGUUUCUGCAAAUUUCAAAGGGGCUUUUGCUUGCCUAGGGAUGGCUUCACCACCAAGUCCAAAACGCAGGCGUAAGGAUGACGAUAGAAAUGAAACGGCAGCAACAUCGCCGGAGAAAUCAUCCCCUGUGGUGGUCUUUGCUCACGGCGCCGGUGCUCCCUCUUCUUCUGAUUGGAUGAUCAGAUGGAAGGAUAUGUUGGGAAAAGCACUAAAUGCUGUUGAAGUUGUUGCCUUUGAUUACCCAUACAUGUCUGGUGGGAAAAAGAGAGCCCCUCCGAAGGCUGAAAAGUUGGUCGAUUUUCACGCUGAUUUUGUGAAGAAAACUGUUGAAAAGUACCCAGGUCAUCCAUUGAUUUUGGCUGGAAAAUCUAUGGGUUCAAGAGUCAGCUGCAUGGUAGCUUGCAAGGAAGAUAUUCAUGCUUCAGCAAUUGUUUGCUUAGGGUACCCACUAAAGGGUAUUAAUGGGGCACUGAGAGAUGAAACUCUGUUGCGACUUUCAAUUCCUGUAAUGUUUGUCCAGGGUAGUAAAGAUGCACUUUGUCCAUUGGAAAACCUAGAAGUUACUCGCAAGAAGAUAAAAUGUCUUAGUGGUUUGCAUGUGAUUGAUGGUGGCGACCACUCCUUCAAGAUUGGAAAGAAGCAGCUGCAAACCACUGGGUUAACGCAAGACCAAGCUGAAGAUCUUGCAGUUGAGGCAAUUGCAGCCUUUCUGUCAAGUUUUCUUGUAGAAAGGUGACACUUUCAAUGGAACAUCAAGUGUUGCAUCCUGUUGUGUAUAAACUUUGUUCUCUUGGUGCUUUUGUGUUGAUCAUAGUAACCAUUGAAGUGCAAAAGGAAUUUGAGUUUGUUAAGGGCUCAGGGUUUAAGUCUAUGAGUAGCGAGUUUUUGAGAUUUAUAAUCAUGGAAUGGUUUAUCUUGAUGAUAUGGUUAAAGUUUAUAUGCAGUACGCAGUUA